AUGCCUUACAUACCUCACACUCCCGAGUCCCUCCUUCCUCGAUCAGAUAGCAAGAACCCCGCUGCAACAUGCAGAGGUCUCACUUCGAAUGGUCGACCGUGUCGUCGAGCAAUUUCGAAAUCACCUCAAUCUUCGCCGAGCCCAAGCCCACGACGAACCUCGAGCGCACCAAGCACACCGAACCCAGAAGCGUUUUGCUGGCAACACAAGGUCCAAGCUGAUGUUCACGUUACUGCCUUACCGCGAGGGCUUCAAUCUGCCACAGUUCGAGAGCGAACAAGCAUUGAUACACUGGUGGAUCGAUUGGGUCUUCUUGAGGUUGAACAGAAGAAAGAAAGGAGGCAGCGUCGAAAACCAGUCCCUGUGAAGGAUCCAGAGAAACACUCGCAGAGGGUUGAUCAUGUUUCCCAGCGGCCAGAGCGACCGGGGCCUCGACCAAAGCCGCAGAGUGAUCUUGGGUUGUUUUGCUGCGUAGGUGUGGCAGAUGAAAGCAAAAGGGCACCAAGACCGGUCAACCACAAACCCUCGAGGCGGACGACUGCAACGAUACCUGCUGAGCAGCGCUCGAAGCUACCUACAGCCGUACAACAGAAGCUUUCUUCCCAACGACCUUCAAUCACUCGAGACCCUUCAUCACGAACGGGAGAGUUCCUCUCUCUCAUACCAACGUCUGCAUCCCCACAAGUCACUGCCUUGCUGCUCGCCGAAUUAGCAAAACCUGUCUCAGGUGCGGAUGAUGAAGGCUACAUCUACAUGUUCUGGCUAACUCCCGAAUCCGUCCCCGCUCCUCCACCUUCCGAGACUGCAUCUUCCCUCCUCGCUCCCCCUUCCCGACCAAUUCCCGGCCAACGAAGAACCUCAGAUGUCCUCAACACCUUCGCUUCCACGGGCCCAAAUGCCCAAGACAAGAAGACAAUCCUGCUUAAAAUCGGCAGAGCGCAAAAUGUGCAACGGCGACUCAACCAAUGGACUCGACAAUGCGGGUACAACCUCUCUUUGAUCCGCUACUAUCCUUACCAUCCAACUACCCUCUCAGAUACGAGUAUUAAUGAGAUUCCGAGAACGCCGAGGAAGGUUCCAAACGCGCAUAAGGUGGAGAGAUUGAUACAUAUUGAGUUGAAUGCGAAGAGGGCGCAGGGGAGUGGGAAGUGUAAUGUUUGUGGAAGGGAGCAUAGAGAGUGGUUUGAGGUUGAUGCUAGCAAGGAUGAGGUUAAGGCUGUGGACGAGGUUGUGAGACGGUGGGUUGAUUGGGGGGAGAGGGAUGGCGGGAGGUGA